CUACAGUCUUGGUGAGAUUCGCUGUGUGUUUGUUAUACUUAAUUGCCUUAACUCGAUCCUAUGAAUCCACGAUAGAACUACGACGACGCGUUUAGAUACUUCGAAAUUAUGUAUCUACCGCGCGACCUCAUAUCGAAACUCUAUAUUCAUCUUCAGCAUACCCGUCACCAACACUCCCCUACCAUUCUAAUUCUUGUCGCCCUCGAACCCGAUGCCCUCUGCGCUUGUCGCAUUUUCACAAGUCUGCUGAAAAGAGACUAUAUACAACAUACCAUACACCCCGUUUCCGGGUAUGGGGACCUCGAACGAGUAGGCCAUGACCUUGUCAGGCCAAUGAUGGAGUCGAAUGGGGGGCCUGGAGGAGUCGUAGUAUGUCUUGGUGUAGGAGGUAUGGUUGAUAUGGGCACAAUCUUAGGUCUCGAGGUCGAAGGUGAAGAGUCAAGUUUUAGUGGUGUCGAAGUCUGGGUCAUCGACUCUCAUCGACCCUGGAAUCUUGGCAAUGUAUUCGGCGGCCACCCCUUAGAACCAGCUUCCGAAGCCCGCUCAAGCUACAAAGCACGUUCCCCCGAAGGUGUAAACGCAGGCCGAAUCGAUCGUUCGUAUAAGCCUGGAAAAGGAGGAAUUGUAGUAUUCGACGAUGGUGAUAUCGAAGAAGGACUAAACGCGGAGCGAGAUGCGUAUUUGGCGCUGGUUGAUAUGCCUGAUAUCGAGGAUGAUGGCGAGCCUUUUGGGGGCAGCGAUUCCGAGAGUGAAGGUGAAGCCGAGGACGAAUCACCGCGCUCUGGCCAGAAAAGGAAGUCCUGGUCAGAUCAGGAUGACGAGAGUAGCGGUGAUGAUGAUGGCCGACCAUCACAGAGGAGAAGGAGCAAUUCCUCUAAUGCAAUCCCUUCCUCGCCGCAACGCCCUCCCCAGCGAGGGUUACUAUCUAUACGCGAUGCCAGUAUUUCUGAGUCUGAUCAAAACCCGCCGAGUGGCGCUCAGCCCCCUAAAGGUCCAUCAGCCCGUAGCCUACGGAGACGGUUGCUAAGAAUGCGAAAUGAGAAUGAAGGUGUACUUCGGAAAUACUAUCGAAUGGGAUCUUCAUAUUCCGAUCCUAUCAGCUCGAUGAUCUAUUCCCUAGUAUCAGAACUAGGUCGGGAAGACAACGACUUGCUCUGGUUAUCGAUCGUUGGUGUCGCAUCUAUGGAACUAUAUGGCCGUUCUUCGGCUGGUCUUGCAGUCACAGUCCGUGGUUCGGAUACUAGGCCCACAAAUGGUUGGAUGGGUGUCCGCGGGGCUCGGCUACGGCAACUUCUACGAGAUGAAGUCAGGCGUCUCAAUCCGCCAGACAUCAACACAUCCUCGAAAGACGAUACCGGAGUCAUGCCUACCACAGCUAGGAGCGCCGAUGAUAGAGGUAUCAAACUGUCUCCUGAACCAAGAUUCUUGCUUAUUCGGCAUUGGAGUCUCUACGACAGUAUGCUACAUUCACCAUACCUAUUCUCCAGGUUACGCACAUGGAGUGAAAGUGGUAUCAAACGUUUACACAAGUUGCUCGCCAAGAUGGGUAUAAGUCUCGUUGAAUGCAGGCAGAGCUACGCACAUAUGAAUAUGGAUGUAAAGAAAAGGUUGCGGGAGAAGCUUCUACGUUAUGCGUCUCUGUAUAACCUUGAUGAUAUGGUGCCGUCAGUUGAAACCGAUGGAAACGACCGAGCCGGUGCGAAGGAUGGGUGGGGCUUUGUCCGGAGCUGGGGUUAUCUAGCAACUCUCAGCGCCCAAGAUGUAGCGGUAAUCAUCGGUGCCAUGUUAGAGGUAGGCAAGCGCGAUGCCAUAACCAACGGUAACGACUUUCAAGCAAGCCAAAUAGGAGAUUUGGAAGACGAUGGCGGAGCCGCCGAAACUCAAGAAUGGGUCACUCGGUUCUGGGACGCAUACGAUGCCGUUGAAAAUCCUACUGCUCUUAAAGAUGCUCUAUUUACGGCAAAACACCUCCAUCGUGCCAUUUUCCGAACAGGAACUUCACUCCUCCACAAAAAACAAAUCAAGCAUUUGCAUGCUUUCCGUCUUUGUGUUAUUAAAGACGGACCAGAUGUUCCUUUAUUCAAUCACCCUGCAGCGCUGACUAAGCUUGCUCUUUGGGUUGGUGAGGCUCUCGCCGAGAAGGACAAAGAUGAGCUUGGUAAACUGGCCCACGGAGGACGCGGUACGCCGCUUGUUGCGGCAAGCUUAAACGAGAGGAGAGGUGUCUAUGUGGUAGUCGGCACCGGUGGCGGCGGCGGCCCUGACACAGCCUUUCUAGAUAAGGAAGCGGCAAAAGUUAAACAGGCUGCCAAGGAGGCAAAAGCCAAGGAGCGCGAACAGAAGCGGAAAAACAAAGAAAAAGUUAAAGAACAGAAGCGUGCAGCUAAGGCUGCGGCAGGUGAUGAAGACGAUGAAGAGACUGAAUCCGAAGAAAGCGACGCUUCAGAUUCGGAUUCAGAUUCGGAAGAUGAGACCGAGGAGCAUAGAGAUCACGGAUAUGGUCUAAAUAAAUUCGGCAAUGCUUUCCAAGACGUCGUUAACGAGACCAAUGCACGCAUACGGAUUGACAGCUUCGAACACUGCGUUGUCGAGGUACGGAAAGACGAUCUAGGCGGGUUCCUUGAGAGCUUAAGCCAGAAGACGGUCGUUGGUUAAUAUCAUCUCAUCCAUUCGGAUACUUUUGCUAGCCAACCAGCUACGAAAUUUCCUUUUGGGCAUUUUAAAGAUACCUCACGAGAAGUGGCAUGGGAUUUGCGACAAUUGCUAGAACUUACAUGAUGCAUGAAUGGCUAUGGGCAGGCAAUAGGAUGGUGUUGGGUCUGAACGUUGUAAAUACUCUACUUUGCAGAGUUGAUAUCAUCUCUGUUGGGAAUA